AUGCGAUUCUCCCUCUCCACCGCAGUCGCGGCCCUGCCCGCCCUGGCCUCUGCGCAAGACUUCCAGCAGUACCAGGCUCAGUUCCAGGACCUGCUCGGACAGAUCAGCUCGUAUGUGCCCAAUCCUGGAAAAUACGACCAUGCUUCUGCGCAAGAGGCCAAGAACGGCCCCUUGAAGCUGCACACCCUCACCCUUGAGAACUGGAACGACACCCUCUACGCCCCCGUGGCCCCAACUGCCACCGUCCCUGAGGAGUGGUGGGUGCUGGUCACCGGCCGAAACAAGACCUGCUUCGGCCACUGCAACAAGCUCGAGACUGCUUUCAACGAGUCUGCCCGACAAUUGGCUCCUCUCCCUGAUGCGCCUCACGUAGGCCUGGUCAACUGCGAUGACCAGCCCAUUCUCUGCAACAGCUGGUCCACCGGCCCAGGCAGCCUCUGGAUCUUCGAUAUGCUCCCUCCUCCCGCAGAGAUCAACAUUUACAAGAAGAGGGUCAACUUGACCACCGCCUCCCCCGAGGACUUCCUUGCUCUCAAGGGCGACCACUCCAGCCUGCCCGUCCAUGAGUCUUGGUUCCACCCCUACAACGGCCAGGGUGCCAAGCUGGGUCUCACUGUUCCCUUUGGCUACUUCACCUGGGCUUUCGCGCUCAUCCCCAGCUGGCUCUUCAUGCUCGUCAUUUCCUUCUUCAGCCGAAGCAUGAUGUGA